UUUAGCUUUUCGCAGAGAAACGCAAAAUUUAUACUUCUUCUAUUCCUGCAGUAAGAUUUUCUCGUGAAGGUUUUAUCACAGAUAUUUGUGGCCUAACUUGUUCCAAUCUUGACAGACAAAAAGUGGUUGUGCUAGCUUCCUUAACAGAAGACGGAACCGAGGCGACGAAUGAUGUGCUGUGUUUUCGAAAUAUGGCGCCAACUGUCAAAGCGUUUUCAACUAUGCCGACAGAUGGAUUAAUGGGAGCUUUGAUCUCGCUUUAGAACUUUUAGCUAUGGCCUUCGACAACAGGAAAGCUCUUUGGCUCACUGCUGGCCUGCUUUCAGGCUUAGGGACGGCUUUCUGUCUCGCUGAAUUACGAAAAUUUAUAAGGGAAAAAUGUACACGAAAAACACUGUCCCAUCUGGAAGAUAACAUUAAAUUAGAGGAUCUGGAAAUUCUCGUGCGCUCUUCCAACUACUCACUGAGGAAGAGUGCUGAACAAGUUGUGCUAGAUAAAGCAAUGAAGAAUAAUAAUCUGGAUUUUAUCGUAAAUGCCUGCUACAGUGAUGACGAAUUUCAAGUCUUGAAGGCAGUUGUCGCACUAGCUAUGUUGGUAAAAAACUCGGAACGCAACGAAAGAGAGAAGUUGAUUGAACACAAAAUAUUAGCAUCGCUCUCUCACUCCCUCGUUCAAUCAGUGCAAGUUGGCUACAGAAGGCUAUCCAAGAUGGGAGGCUACGAUGUUCGUUUGCAAAGAUGUGCGUCCGAAUCGCUAUUUCAUCUGAUAUACGAUGAAGAGAGCAUUAAACUUCGUCUGGCUCAGUCAAAUUCGUCCAUUUUCGCUGUUGUUUUGCAGCUGAUUUCGGAGGGUAGAAGUAAAGAAGUUAUGCGGUGGAGUUUGUUUAUUGUUCAUCAGCUGGCAUCGUGUGAUUCCUUGCGACCUGAACUGUUAGCCAACGGUGUGAUACCAGCUGUCUCGGCGAUGCUUGUGAGAAAUCAAGGAGACUUGGUUCUCAUGAAGACAUGUCUGCACACCAUGGUGAUGUUUGUGAACAAUACUACAGAGGGUGAGAUUGCACAUCUUAAGGAGAUGGCCAAAUAUGAUGUCUUUAGGACGGCGGUUGUUUCCCUCAGAGCAGGUGAACUAUAA